AGCGCUACGUCAGCACUGACACGAAACAUGGCGGUGCCCGGAGCAGCAACACAGAGGCGGCGGCGGACUUCCAUCUCGGCGACGGGAAGGAUGUUCGUCGCGCUUCUCGCAGGGUUGCUGUGUCACAGCAGUGUCGCCCAAGUGACGAUCACCGACACCGACGCGGUGACGGACGCUGUCGCGAAGACACCGGACCCGGCGGAUGCGGCUCCUCACCGCCGCUUUGAGUACAAGUACAGUUUUAAGGGGCCACAUCUGGUCCAGCCGGAUGGCAGGAUCCCCUUCUGGAUCCACAUGGGCGAUGCCAUCCCCAGUGAGGACCAGGUGCGUAUCGCGCCAUCCCUCAAGAGUCAGCGGGGGUCUUUAUGGUGCAAGAACAAGGCGUCCUUCGAAAAUUGGGAGGCCGAGGUGACAUUCCGGGUGUCCGGAAGAGGACGGAUGGGAGCGGACGGCUUGGCCAUCUGGUUCACCUCAGAGCAAGGCCUGCAGGGGCCCGUCUACGGCGCCGCUGACAGGUGGAACGGAGUCGGGAUUUUCUUUGACUCCUUCGACAAUGACGGAAAGAAAAACAACCCGGUUAUCGUCGUAGUUGGAAACAACGGCAAACUUGUUUAUGACCACAAACAUGACGGCAGCACACAAGCGUUGGGCACGUGUUUGCGAGACUUCCGUAACAAACCCUAUCCCGUCAGAGCCAAAGUGACGUACUACAAAAAGACGCUGACGGUUAUGAUCAACAAUGGAUUCACUCCCGACGCAAACGACUUUGAGCUCUGCACCAAGGUGGAAGAUAUGAUCAUUCCACCCGAGGGCUUCUUCGGUGUCUCAGCUGCCACUGGAGGAUUAGCAGAUGACCAUGACAUCUUGUCCUUCUUGUUAUUCCAACUCACGGAACCAGGCCAGACACCACCCCUACCAGAAGCGGAGAUUCCCAAAGAAGACAAGGAUAAGUACCAGGAGGAAUUCCACAAUUUCCAGCAAGAGCUUGACAAAAAGAAAGAGGAGUUCCAGAAAGAGCACCCCGACGUCCAAGGAGAGCCAAUCGAAGAGUUGUACGAGAGUGUGAAUGAUCGAGAGAUCCGUCAGGUGUUUGAGGGUCAGAACCGCAUCCACCUGGAGAUCAAGCAGCUCAACCGGCAGCUGGCCAUGAUACUGGACGAACAGCGCCGUUACGUGACCAUCGUCACCGAUGAGAUCUCCAAGAGGGGAUCCAACACCGGCUCUGGACAGCUGGACGUGGCGAACCAGCAGCUGGGCACUAUUGCAUCUUCACAACAGGAUCUGCUCAGGAACCUCAACGAGUUUAGGAAUGCCUUCUACGAAUCUCUGAAGCAGAUCGGCUCGGCCCAGCAACAACAUCAGCAGCAGGGUGGCGGCGUGGCCACAUACGAGAGCAUUCAGCAUUUCAACGAUAUCAAGGAGCACCUGCACUCAGUCAGACGCGACCUGGAGCACCUGGUACAACGUGGCGCUCAGAAUCCUGGUGAGAAGGUCCAAAAGUGCCCCGAGCUUCCCCCCCUGCCUUCCUGCUUGUCUACCGUCCAUUUUGUCAUUUUCAUUGUGGUCCAGUCCGUUCUAUUCUUGUGUUAUAUCAUGUACAAAAGCCAACAGGAAGCAGCAGCCAAGAAGUUUUUUUGAUGCAGAAAAAAUUUAUCCAAUGAAUAUGUAAAUGAGGGAAUGUCUAUUUUAGGUGAUCCCCCCCCCCUCCCUCCAUGUUUUUUUUUCUCUCCCAAGAGUUCCUAAUUUAUUGUACCUGAAAGGAAAAUAUGAUUUAUGUGCAAGAAUUUUGUUUUGCUGAAUUAUCUCCACAUUCUUAAUUUGAUCCUGUUUAUAACGAGUGAGAAACAAAAUUUAAUCCUGACAGUAUUUUUGCGUGGUCACAUCUUUUGGGAUUUUUGGAUUUUUGUUCCCGGAACCGUUGCUGACAAAAAAAGAAAAACCCUGUGUCUUUUUUAAAUGUGUAUUUUGUAUGAAUAAAGCUGAAAACCUGUUGACCACUUGA